AUGUUCGCUAGUGACCACAUACACGAUCCUGUAUAUGCAACCGUGUAUACCGACACUAGCGCAGACAUUCAGCGAUCGGAUAGUCCAGGGUCACGAAUUUCUGUACUUAUUGAAGGGCUUGACGAAUUACGCGUUCCAGUCAAGCUUUCGGAUGGAUGGAAACCGGAUGCAGGCGUAAUGAAUGCUAGAACAGGGAAUGCUCACUGCAUGUACGAACUCGAUGGUUAUGACAAGGAUCUCACCAUCCCCCGACGUGAAGCGACGAUUCAACAGAAGUGA